GCGCACGCGGGGCACGUGCCCUGCCACCGCAAGGAGUGGCGAGUGGACGGCGACCUGCUGUGUCAGUCGCUGGCCACUUACGUCAAGGACAUAGGCUGCAAGAAGAGCUUCGUCCUGGGCCAUUAUGAAUUCUUGCGGCGCGACUGCGCCGUGCACUUGCCGUCGCUCGCUCGCAUGCCGUCGCUGGUGGUCCUCAUCAAGCAGUGCCCCGCCCUGGAGGCGAACUUCACCGUCCUCCGGACGGCGCUGCACAGGGCUGUGACUGGCUGCACACGGAAGGAGGUCGACGCCAUGAACUAUUUCCUCCACUUGAUGGGGGCCUCCGAGAACGAGCCCGAGGAUGAGGAGUCCGACGAGGAGCUGGAGGACAUCGAGGGCGUGGACAUGGACGACAUCGAGGAUCGACCCAUGACGCAUCGCGUGUCGCGCGAGCUGGCGGAGAUGGCGGAUGAGCUGUUCGUGGAGAACCGUUGGGCUCGGCUCCGAAUGGACUCGAAUUCUCUCGUUCUGAAGAUGAUCGACGAGAUCUCGGGGUGCCUGAUGGCGAUGAAGCCCGAUCGGCGCGACCUCGCCUUCCUCGAGGUGUCCGAUGAUCGGUUCGGGGAGGGCCAAGACAUGACCAAGGAAGGGGGGUACACGUACAUGUUGUCCUUGGUGAUGCGGCUCCAGGAGGGCUCGACGAUGUGGCUGUCCCCCCUGACGUCGUCGUGGGUCGAGGGCACCCCCAGCGCGACCACCAGGGCGCUCGACGCGAUCGACGGGGACGAGACGGUGCCCGAGGGAUCCUUGCUGUGGCUGUUCGACCCCAUGGAGAAGCUCAAGAAUGUUGUCGGCAGUGUCUCGCGCGUCACGCACUUGUCGGCUUUCGGGGCGGAGAUCGUCGGGGCCAUCGAGAUCGUUUCGGACAGCAUGCACUUUCGAGAUCUGGCGAAGGAUUCGCAGCCGCCCCCGUCGCCGCCGUCCUACUCGCAACUCCAGCAGUCGGUCAGCGGCGCUGUCGGAGAGGGCACGGCGGCGGCAAUCUUGGUGCUGAAGCGCCAGAGUGAUGGCCCUCCGCAGAAGAGGCCUCGCGUGUCAGAUGGCGGCAUGGUCAAUUGGGCCGAGCGGUCCAUCGCUGAGAGGAUCCAAGUUCGGCAUCUUGGCAUGAGGAUCCCCAGCCCCAGGAUCGAAACACAGGAGACGCUUGAGCAGACGCCUGCGCCGCUGGGCACGAAGGGCGCGGAGCAGCUUGACCAGACGCCUGAGCCGCUCGCCAACGAGCUCACUGCGAAGCAGACUGACGCUGCGCUCGGCCCCGCCGACGCGAAGGGCGAUGGCGGGGCGGUUGCCGUGGUCGCAGCAGGCGUGAACGCCCCCAUCACGCCUGACAGUUUCAAGAGGCUCAGGGAGCCCGCGCCAGAAACACAGAGCAGCCUUAGCAUGUCGCCCGAGGCCGUCCAGUCACCUGUACCUUUCGGCAACGGCAGCCCCAGCCAGUACAGUUUCUGCCAGGGCUCGGCUGCGCCACCAGACAUCUCGGACCGCGAGCUGUCAGAGCUCGACAUGUUCAUGUGGAUGCGCGACACGCCCGAGAAGAAGCCCAAUAUCACGCCCCAGAAGCAUAUGAUCCGCAGCUUCGGCCCGUCUCGGAGCACCCCAUCGCCUCUCCCUGCGCCUGGUGGCGCCAAGGAUGAGCUUCUCCGCAAGGCCAAGGCGGCCGCGGCGGUCCCCCCAACGAAGGCCGAGGUCAAGGCGGUCAUCAAGGCUGGCAAGGGCACCACCAGCAAGGGUUCGCAGAAGAACAACACGAACAGCAACAAGAAGGAGCAGAACAUCAAGGGGGUCUCGCUGAAGCACAGCACGGGCACCAGCAAGACUGGCAAGAGCGAGGAGGAUCUCCAGAGGGUCUGGCUCCACCCAAACUUCGGCGAGCUGCGCGCUGCGUUCGGCUCGCAGAAAUCGUACACUGUGUUUUCGGACGAACAGGGCAAGCCACGUUUAUUCGUGGAGGUCAACGAAAGCCAGACCUCGGAUCACGCCUCGAUCCUCGGCAAACUCAUGAAAAUUGUGGUUUCGAAAAAGCUUGACAAGGUCACGUCGGGUGUCCAGGACAAGGGGCUCAACAUCCGUAUCAGCAGGGCGGUGGUAAAACAUCUCAGGAAGCACGGCGACGACAGCAAACAGAUGCGGGCGAUCUUCAGCGCGGACGAGAUUCGGGCGUUGUACGGCAAGUUCAAAACGGCUCGGAAGGACCAGGAGGACGUGGACACAGAGUUCUCUGGCCUAGACGACAAGGGCGAUCGGGAGGGCAAGAACAAGGCGAAGUUCGAGUACCUCACAGCGUGGGUGAAGGUUUGCCAGCGCGUCUCGGAGUAUAGGGGCAUCAGCAGCAGUAUGGCCAACCCUGUAGUUGACGAGCACUUGUUAGCGUUGGGCGGCAUUGGAAGGGAAAUGGUCGAGGGGGAGGAUGUCGUCAAAGCCGUUCAAGAUUUAGAAAAAUCGGCCCAGGACCCAACCAUGGAGGAGAAAUUCAAAAGCAUGGUGACGAGGGUCGCCACUGGCGAGCGGAUCUCCCGCAAGAUGCUCUGGAAGCCCUGGAAACAGAUGGUCGACAAGCACGGCGAGGUUCGCCGCGACCCCUCGCACCCGCGGCGCAAGCAGUUCCUCGACAUAGAGGACUGCCACGAGAAGUCGUUCCAGAAAGAGAAGCAGACUGCCUUGAGCGGGAGGAGCAAGGCGACCGACGAAGAGUUCGCGGCGAUCGAGGGCGGCUUGCGGAAGUCGAAGUUGUGCGACGACGUGCGCAGAGGAGACUGGGACAACAUGGGCCUGGACCUCAAGGACGAGGACGAGGACGACCACGCGUCGGACCCCGAGGGUUUCAUCGACUUCUUGCAGGCCAAGAUGCGGGCCGCGAAUGGGACGUCCUCGAAGGGCGACAUCGGCAAGGCCAAGAAGGUGAUCGACCAGGCCCGCAAGUUCCAGGCGGAGCUGGGCGACUACCAGGCAGAGCGCGCCCCGUCCAUGGAGGGGAUGCGCAAGACCUGCGUCAAAAUGAGGGAGACUUUCGCGCUCGGCAAGAAGCUGAAGAUCGUC